CGGCGCGCGCCCGGGUCCCAGGCGCCGCGGCCCCUCCUCGCCGGCGCGGCCGCUCCGCUAAUCGCCGGCGCGGCCUCAUUUGCAUAGGCCGCUGGAGGCCGGCCAAUCGGCGCGGCCCUGGGUAAUGGCCGCGCAUUAUUCACCAGCCUAAUUGCUCAGCCCCAUGCGCGGCCCGCGCAGCCGCCGCCGCCGCCCCGCGCCCCGCGCCCGCCCGGCCGCCCCGCGCCCGCCCCGCGCCGUCCCCGCCGGCCGCCCCGCGGAGGCCGCGGCCCCGCGCGGGCCCGGAGCGCCGCUAGCAGCAUGUCUCGGCGCAAGCAGGCCAAGCCCCAGCACCUCAGGUCGGACGAGGAACUGCCGCCGCCGGACGGGGCUCCCGAGCACGGCGGCCCCGGGGACGGCGCGGAGGACGGCGACAGCGGCCACGACAGCCGCAGCGGCGGCGAGGACACCAGCGUCUGCGAGCGGUGCUGCGCCGAGUUCUUCCGCUGGACCGACCUCCUGCGCCACAAGCGGAGCUGCACCCCCCACCCGCUGGUGCUGAUCGUGCACGAGGAUGAGCCGGCCCCGCCCGCCGAGGACUUUCCAGAACCUUCCCCCGCCAGCCCGCCGCCGCCGCCCCCGCCGCCGCCGCCGCCAUUGCGCGAGGGCGAGGGCGGCGAGCGCGCGGGCGCCGAGGGCGAGCGCGCGGGCGCCGAGGGCGAGGCCGCGGAGGCCGGCGGCGAGGGGCGGGCCCCGGCGCCCGCGGCGGCCGAGCCCAUGGACGUGGCGGCCCCCGCGGACCCGGGCCCGCCCGCGCCCGCCGCCCCCGAGCCCGCGCCCGCCGCCUUCGGCGUGCCCAGCACCAACGUGACGCUGGAGACGCUGCUGGGCACCAAGGUGGCCGUGGCGCAGUUCUCGCAGGGGGCGCGCGCGGGGGCCGCGGCGGGCGCGGCGGGCGCCGUGGCCCUCCCCGCCAUCCUGGAGCAGCUCGUGGCCCUGCAGCAGCAGCAGAUCCACCAGCUGCAGCUCAUCGAGCAGAUCCGCAGCCAGGUGGCCCUCAUGAGCCGCCCGCCCGCGCGCGCCCCGCCGCACCCCCACGCGCCCGGGCCCGCGCCGGCGCCGCUCCCGGGCCCGGCCCCGCACCCGGCCCUGCAGCUGUCCGCGCCCGGGGCCGGCGCCGCCCCCGCGGGCUCGGGCCCCGCCGCCCCACCGGCGGCCUUCGAGGGCCCCCCGGCCCUGCUGCAGCCGGGCUCGGGCCCCGGCGGCCCGGCCGAGCCCGGGGCCCCGGCGGCCUCCGGGGCGGGCCCGGGCUCCGGAGCCGCGGCCUCCGUGUCCGGCGCGGCGGGCAGCGCGUCCCAGCCGCAGAGCGCGUCCACGUCUCCGGCCCUGGCCACCGGGCCGCCCCCGGGCUCGGGCCCCGGCCUGCCAAACCCCCUGCUACCUCAGACCUCGGCCAGCAGCAGCGUCAUCUUCCCCAACCCGCUGGUGAGCAUCGCCGCCACGGCCAACGCGCUAGACCCCCUGUCGGCCCUCAUGAAGCACCGCAAGGGCAAGCCCCCCAACGUGUCGGUGUUCGAGCCCAAGGCCAGCGCCGAGGACCCCUUCUUCAAGCACAAGUGCAGGUUCUGUGCCAAGGUCUUUGGCAGCGACAGCGCGCUGCAGAUCCACCUGCGCUCGCACACCGGGGAACGGCCCUUCAAGUGCAACAUCUGCGGGAACCGCUUCUCCACCAAAGGCAACCUGAAGGUGCACUUCCAGAGGCACAAGGAGAAGUACCCCCACAUCCAGAUGAACCCCUACCCCGUCCCCGAGUACCUGGACAACGUGCCCACCUGCUCGGGGAUCCCCUACGGCAUGUCGCUGCCCCCGGAGAAGCCGGUGACCACCUGGCUGGACAGCAAGCCCGUGCUGCCCACGGCGCCCACCUCCGUGGCGCUGCAGCUGCCGCCCAGCAUCGCGGGCAACCACGGCUACACCGACUCCCCCAGCGUCACCCCUGCCAGCCGCUCCCCGCAGAGGCCCUCUCCGGCGUCCAGCGACUGCAUGUCCCCGGGCCUCGGCCAGGGGGAGCCCGGCCUGGCCGGGGCCUCCGAGUCCCCGCAGCCACUCCUCAGUGGGCCCGCCCUGACGAAAACCGAGCCGGUCAGCCUGCCUUGUGCCAGCGCCAGGACCGGGGAGGCCCCCGUGGCGGCCGGGCAGGUGGGCGGGCUGCCCACGUCCUCGGCCACCACCAUCACCGACAGCGCCUCCACGAGCCUGGGUAGCCCCGGUCUUCCCGCCGCCGUCUCUGACCAGUUCAAGGCCCAGUUCCCCUUCGGCGGGCUGCUGGACUCUAUGCAGACGUCGGAGACCUCCAAGCUGCAGCAGCUGGUGGAGAACAUCGACAAGAAGAUGACCGACCCCAACCAGUGCGUCAUCUGCCACCGCGUGCUGAGCUGCCAGAGCGCGCUGAAGAUGCACUACCGGACGCACACGGGCGAGCGGCCCUUCAAGUGCAAGAUCUGCGGCCGCGCCUUCACCACCAAAGGCAACCUGAAGACCCACUUCGGGGUCCACCGCGCCAAGCCGCCCCUGCGCGUGCAGCACUCCUGCCCCAUCUGCCAGAAGAAGUUCACCAACGCCGUGGUCCUGCAGCAGCACAUCCGCAUGCACAUGGGCGGCCAGAUCCCCAACACGCCCCUGCCCGACAGCUUCCAGGACGCCAUGGACGCCGAGCUGCCCUUCGACGACAAGAACGCGGAGACCCUGAGCAGCUUCGACGACGACCUGGACGACAACUCCAUGGAGGAGGACGCGGAGCCGAAGGACACGGCCAGCGACUCGUCCAAACCGCUCCUCUCCUACGCGGGGUCCUGCCCGCCCUCCCCGCCCUCGGUCAUCUCCAGCAUCGCCGCCCUGGAGAACCAGAUGAAGAUGAUUGACGCGGUCAUGACCUGCCCGCAGCUGACCGGCUUGAAGUCCGUGGAGAACGGGUCCGGGGACAGCGACCGCCUGAGCAACGACUCCUCGUCCGCCGUGGGAGACCUGGAGAGCAGGAGCGCGGGCAGCCCCGCGCUGUCGGAGUCCUCGUCCUCGCAGGCGCCGUCGCCCACCCACAGUCACGGGGAGAGCUUCCGUUCCAAGUCCCCGGGCCUCGGCGCCCAGGAGGAGCCCCGGGAGAUUCCCCUCAAGACAGAGAGGCCCGACAGCCCGGCCCCCGGCCCCGGAAAUGGAGGCGCCCUGGACCUGACGGCGGGCCCCCCCGGCCGGCCCGCCAUCAAGGAGGAGACCCCCUUCAGCCUGCUGUUCCUGAACCGAGAGCGGGGUAAGUGUGCGAGCACUGUGUGUGGUGUCUGUGGCAAGCCCUUUGCUUGCAAGAGCGCGCUGGAAAUCCACCACCGCAGCCAUACCAAGGAACGGCCGUUUGUCUGUACGCUCUGCAGGCGGGGCUGUUCCACUAUGGGUAAUUUAAAGCAACACUUGCUGACGCACAGAUUGAAAGAGCUGCCUUCUCAGGUGUUUGACCCCAACUUUACUCUAGGUCCCAGCCACAGCACCCCUGGCCUGGUCGCCAGUCCCGCACCCACCAUGAUCAAAAUGGAGGUGAACGGUCACAGCAAGGCCGCGGCCCUGGGCGAGGGCCCGCCCCUGCCGGCCGGAGUCCAGCUCCCCACAGGGCCCCAGGCCGUGAUGAGCCCUGGCCUGGCACCCAUGCUGGCACCACCGCCACGCCGGACCCCCAAGCAGCACAACUGCCAGUCGUGUGGGAAAACCUUCUCCUCGGCCAGCGCCCUGCAGAUCCACGAGCGCACCCACACCGGGGAGAAGCCCUUCGGCUGCACCAUCUGCGGCAGGGCCUUCACCACCAAGGGCAACCUCAAGGUGCACAUGGGGACGCACAUGUGGAAUAACGCGCCCGCCCGGCGUGGGCGCCGCCUGUCUGUGGACAACCCCAUGGCCCUCCUGGGCGGCGACGCCCUCAAGUUCUCCGAGAUGCUGCAGAAGGACCUGGCUGCCCGGGCGAUGAACGUGGACCCCAGCUUCUGGAACCAGUAUGCCGCAGCCAUCACGAACGGGCUGGCCAUGAAGAACAACGAGAUUUCCGUCAUCCAGAACGGAGGCGUGCCCCAGCUCCCAGUAAGUCUAGGCGGAGGCGCCAUCCCCCCCCUGGGCGCCAUGGCGGGCGCGGUGGACAAGGUGCGCACGGGCGGCAGCCCGCCCGUUGUCAGCUUGGACAAAGCGAGCUCUGAGACGGGAGCCAGCCGGCCCUUCACCAGGUUCAUUGAGGACAGCAAGGAGAUUGGCAUAAACUAGCCGCCCGCACCGGGACCCUGUCUGUCCGCUCUGCCCGGCGUCCGCUCUGCCCUGCGUCCGCGUGCUGCAGUUGGAGCGUCAGGCUUUGGACCCUUUAUGCCUAGAUUCUCGUUAAAAUUUUGCUCGUGGCAGAGGGCGCUUUGGCGGUGUCGCUGCCAAAAGGUGGUCUGGCCGGCCGUCGCACGCUCCGCUCGGCAGGGGCUCCGACUGUUCCUAAGAACUCCACAGCCUUCUCUAAAGUCCCAGUCGGGAACAGUGCUCGGAACACUGCCUUAGGAACAGAAAGGUCUCAGACCUAGCUACCUUGUUACCCCUGGAGAGAGGGCCCUGCCCCCGAGGAGCCCUGGCAAGCCCCAUCCCACAGAUCUAUUCCGAUUAGGUAGGAACUCGAACUGUGUUUUAGGAACUCUUCGUCUCAAAGGAGUGGUUGGGUGUUACCACUGCUGUGUAUUACGACCACCGUGUCUUGUCGGUAGUAUUUAUAAUGUUAAGAUAAUGCGGGUAACAGACAAUAAAAUAGCCCAACUUCAAAUGAAGCUUUUGUACUGCAGAAUACAUCUGGCUAUGUGAUUUUUUUUUUUAAGCAAGAUUUGUUUUUACUAUAAAUACAAGGAUUAUUCCAGUGCAGGCAGAAUUGUGACGCUCUAUGGGAAAGAUCGCAUGCUUCUCGUGUGCAAGUACCUGUCAGUAACAAGCCUUUCCUUUCUUCUUUUCUUUUUUUUAAUUUAAGUGUUUGUAGCUGCUAUGUGAACAGUUUUUUCCUGGUUUGGUCUGUAGCCAGCAGUUGAUUAGGGAAUGAGUUACACACAAACAUCACCAUCUCUAUUCACAGCAUUAUAAACAGUUGUGAGUAAAUACUUCACAUUAUCAAAGCUGUACAAUAAAAGGGUAAUGUUUGUAUAAUGUGGUUGCAAACUCUUAAUUUAUACAAUUGCACUUUUAGUAUUUUGUAUUAGGGAGGUUUGUCUAUAAUUUGAAAAUUUAAAAAGAUGUAAAGUAUUUUAUAAAUAGUACUUCGGUUUAAGGAAGAUGGGGACACGAUCCUGUUAUGAUUUAUUGUUUUGUCUUAAGGUAGACAACAUGAGAAAUCUAUGCUCCUUAGGCAGCAAAGCCACCAAGACUUGUCAGCAGUGCCUCAGUAAAAUAAGGCCUGCCAUUUCUUAAAUUAACAUGAUUUAUUUAACUUUUCUACAAAGCUCAUUUAAGAACUGUGACUACCCUAGUGAAACUUUGACAGAUCCUACGACUGUGACCCCAGGCCAGGAAAUAACCAGGAGAGCGUUGUGUAGGUGCGGUCCGCCAUGGGCCUCCAUCUCCUCCACACACACAAGAGCUGACUGCCUGCGGUGCCCGGGUCCCGGUAAAUGAGAGCAAAAGCAAGUGUCUGGCAGCAUUAUCCGUCCUCACUUAGAACUUCUCACGGUCUGUGGUCUUCUGAAAAUCACACAAAGCACAAUGUCCUCUGAUUAUUGAAAAUCCAAUCUUUCACUGAUGACUGUCUAAAGCAAGGAGCCGGGAGGCGGGCCUGAAUCAAAACUUGAACGUCAGUGUUGUGUGUACUACCUCAUUUUGUGCGUCGGAAGCAUGCUGGGAGCUGACGUGAUGAACUUCAAACCACAGAAUUGCCCCGAGAGAGACUGUAGGUAGCUGGGUAACGGUGCGAGGGGCUGUCUGCUCCUGAAGACCGAAUCAGACAGUGAGUCUUCUCAUAGGAAACAGAAAAACAGAACAGUCUUCUAACACAACCACCGCAACACUGCUGUGGGAAGGAAAAUGGGCUGCUUCUGCCGGCUCGUGGCGGAGCCGAGUCUCGAAGGCUCGUUAGCUGUUGGUUUCUUUGACGUGGACCUGGAACUCUAGGGCUGUUUCUCACCUGGGCAGGGUGGCAGCCGGGCCAGCUCUGUGCCGACUGGUUGGAUUUCAGUGUCGGGGAAGGGAACGCAAGGUGGCUAAUGUGACUGUGCUCCAGCAGUUGAAUGUUUUGUUAUUUAUGUCCUUUUGGUGUGAUUUCUUUGGGGGUGGGGGGUGGUAUUUAGUACCAUGUUAGUGUCCUUCCUUCUCCCAAAAGGAUAUGUAUAUAACGGAAGAAAAGAGAAAUGUAAAGUGUAAUAAAUAAGAUGGCUCAUGAAGUCCAUGGAGACCCGCCCCUCCCGGCGUUCAGGCAGGCUCGUCCUUCUGCGUGGUGAAGAGACACUAUUUUUAUACGGUAGUACCAUGUAGGGCGAGGGCCGUCCUGGGAGACGGGGGUGGUUACCUAGAUCCAAUAUUUUUUAUGAUAAAUCUUGUUGCUUGACACAUCUGCUGACUGAAAUGGAUGUCCUAGUCUAGGGUACUAUUUUUGUCACCUGGAACUGAAUAAAAUGCAGGAUGUAAUAUGAUUUCUGAAUUGCGUUCCUUGAUUCUUCUGACGGAGAAGUGGCAUUGGAGGCGCUGGUCACCGUCAGUGGCUGUGUGUCUGUGGUAUUUCUUGACAGGAUCGGCAGCCUGGAGAGAAGCGGAUA